AUGAAUACCAUUAAGGCAGCCAUUAAUCUGAAACAUAUUAAUUUAACCAAGAAUGAUAACAUUGUAACAGUCGACUUGUUACCGUUACAGGCUCAGUUAAUUUUCUUAUCACUAUUUGCCUUGGUAGUUGUAUUGGCCGUCGUUGGGAAUUCCAUUGUCAUUUGGAUUGUUCUUGCUCAUCGUCGGAUGCGAACUGCUACCAAUUAUUUUCUCGUCAAUUUGGCUUAUGCCGAUGUUUUAAACGCUCUGUUUAACAUCAUGUUUAAUGCCUAUUAUAUGAUAAAUCACAUAACAUGGCCAUUUGGCAAUUUUAUGUGUAUUGCUGUACAAACUGUGUCACAUGUAUCGAUUGCAGCUAAUGUACUCACAUAUGUGGCAAUUAGUUUAGACCGAUAUUUCGCCAUUAUUCAUCCGCUUCGGACAAAAUUAACACAUAAUCAGACAAUCGCGAUAAUUGUCGUUAUAUGGAUGUUAGCACUAUUGGUUAGCUCACCGGCAACUUGGUCAUUUCGUGUUAGAGAAAGUUAUUGUCGAGUACUCGAUCCACAGCCUCAUCAAAAAUUUGAAUGGAUGUUUUUUGUUGUAACUUAUAUAGCUCCUAUCGCUGUACUAACCGUGACUUAUACACGAAUUGCAUUUGAACUCUGGGGUCAAAAAGGUUAG